GCGCAAAUGCGCGUUUGUUCAAGUAGGGCGAUCUUUACCGGUCUACUACUUCCUCUUCUCGUGACUUGAUACAAUGGCGUCCGGAAUUCUUUACACGUAUCCGGAAAAUUUCCGAGCCUACAAGGCCUUGGUAGCAGCUCAAUUCUCUGGCACCCAGAUUAAAAUUGCCGAUGACUUCGUUUUUGGCGAGACUAACAAGAGCGAAGCGUUUCUGAAGAAGUUUCCAUUGGGAAAGGUCCCAGCAUUUGAAACCCGCGAUGGAAAAUAUAUUACAGAAAGCAAUGCAAUUGCUUAUUAUGUGGCUAAUGAUCAAUUGAGAGGAAAAACUGAGAUUGAACGUGCAUUGGUUAUUCAAUGGCUAGGAUUCGCUGAUUCUGAAAUUCUUCCUGCCAGCUGUGCUUGGGUGUUUCCUUUACUUGGAAUAAUGCCAUAUCAUAAACAGACUGUGGAGCAUGCUAAAGAAGAUAUAUUUAAAGUGUUAACUGCUUUGAACUCUCAUUUGCUUACACGAACUUACUUAGUGGGAGAACGAUUGACUUUGGCGGAUAUCUGUGUAGCUAUGACAUUGCUACACUUGUAUCAAUAUAUUCUUGAGCCAGAACUACGUAAACCUUACCAGAAUGUAAAUCGUUGGUUCCAAACGGUCAUUUAUCAACCUGAAUCCAUUGCUGUAAUUGGUGCCUUUAAAUUGGCGGAUAAAACUAUUGAGUAUGAUCCUAAGAAAUUUGCAGAAACUCUAGGAAAGAGUUCAAAAAAAGAAAAGAAAGAGAAAGAGUCUAAAAAGGAAACUAAAGAAACUAAGGAGUCUAAGAAAGAAAGUAAAGUUGUAACAGAUAAGAUUACAGCAGUAGAAGAUGAAGCUGACGCAACGGAGGAGGCUUUAGCUGCCGAGCCAAAAAAGAAGAAUCCCUUUGCUUCGAUGCCUAAAAGCUCAUUCGACCUUGAAGAUUUCAAACGAUUUUACUCCAAUGAAGAUGAAUCUAAAUCGAUUCCUUAUUUCUGGCAAAAGUUUGAUCCAGAAAAUUAUAGUAUUUGGCUUAGCGAAUAUAAGUACAAUAAUGAAUUAACGAAGGUUUUCAUGUCCUGCAAUUUAAUCAGUGGUAUGUACCAACGAUUAGAUUCAUUGAGAAAAGGUGCAUUUGCUAGUUGCUGUAUAUUCGGAGAAGAUAAUGAUAAUACGAUCAGUGGCAUUUGGGUCUGGCGAGGACAAGAUCUUGUUUUCGCACUGAGUCCAGAUUGGCAAGUGGAUUUCGAAUCUUAUAGUUGGACAAAACUUGAUGCAUCUAAAGAAGAAACAAAGACAUUGGUCGAGCAAUAUUUUAGUUGGGUUGGCACAGACAAAGAGGGACGCAAAUUCAAUCAAGGAAAAGUUUUCAAGUAAAAUCUUGCAUCAAAUAAGGAGACAAAAUAAAGACAGAAAAAUCUAUUCGAAUAAAAUAAAUUUAAAGAAAUGAUAAAAUAUCAGAAAAAAUUUACAUACGCCCUUUAAAAACCCUGUAUUAAAGAUAAUCAC